AUGAGGGACCAAAGCAAGAGAGCCAGAUACGUUGUCCCGCGUCCCAGAAACUUGUACAACUUCUUCGUUGCUCUAUUUGUCGCCUUUGGAUCGCUCUGCUACGGCUAUGCCUCCUCAAUCUCAGCAGCUCUGAUCGGCCAGCCUUCCUGGUACGAUUACAUGGGUCUCGAGGCUGGCAGUGCUUACAGCCAACGCAUUCUCGGCGCCAUCAAUGGAGUCUAUGCUGCCGGUGGCGUCUUUGGCUGUAUAUUCAACAUGUGGAGCUGUGAGGCGUUCGGGCGGAAAAGGAGCAUUCAACUCGGCUGCCUCAUCAGUAUCACAGGAGCCGCUAUCAUGACAGCAACUGUCAGCAUUCCACAGUUCAUCGUGUCCCGGUUCAUCAUGGGGUUCGGCAUUGGCAUCCUUGUGACACUGGUCCCACUGUAUCAAUCGGAAGUGUCUCCGGCAGAAUCAAGAGGGUUGAUGGUCGGCCUUCACGGCGUCUUGAUAGGCUUCUCAUAUUCGCUCACAGGCUUCAUCACAUAUGCGUGCUACUUUGCGCCUUAUGGUCAAUUCCAGUGGCGCUUUCCUCUCAGUGUGCAGCUGAUCCCUUGCAUUAUUCUCUUCGUUGGCAGCUUCUUCCUCCCAGAAUCCCCUCGCUGGCUUAUUGGAAAGGACCAAACAGACCUCGCUUGGGAAAUCACACGAAAACUGCACCGGAACAAGAAAGACCCCGAAGAUACAUACGCGCAUGCAGAGUUCGCGCAGAUGAUGGCCCAGAUCACCUUCGAACGUCAGCACAACGCCGUCGGCACUAUUGCACAAGCCCGUCUCGCAUUCUCCCAGAAAUCGUUUCUCAAGCGGCUUGGGUUGGGAUUUCUCGUACAAUUCGGCAACCAAUGUACAGGCGCUCUUGUCAUCAAUAACUACAAUGCCCAACUAUUCGCUGGCCUCGGGAUCAGCGGAGGGACUCCGUUGCUAUUACUCGGCUUCUUCAAUCUUGUAACAGUUCCUGGUAACCUCUUGAAUGGCCUGUUCAUCGACCGCUUCGGCCGUAGACGAUUUGUCCUCACAGGUUGCCUUGGUAUCCUGGUCUGUCUCUCUGGCGAAGCCGCCAUGACCGCCGUGUACGUCGAGACAAACAGCGGCAAUCGAGUCGGCCUAGGCUUUGGCGUUUUCUUCAUAUUCCUUUUCGUGACAUUCUACAGCAGUUGUCUGGACGCCACGAUGUAUCUGGUACCGAGCGAAAUCUUCCCAAUGGUGAUCAGGAGCUUCGGCAUGAGCUUCAGCAUCAUGGGCCAAUUUGUGGCCACGACGAUUCUGCUGGAGGCGGCACCCACAGCGUUCAAAAAUAUUGGUUGGAAGUUCUGGUUGAUUCUCAUCAUCCUGACCGCCUGUUAUGCCGUGCUUGUGUAUCUGUACUUACCUGAGACGAAAGGUAUGACUCUCGAGGAUAUUUCCGUUGUCUUUGGCGACCCAGUCGAGUUGAGCUUUGAGCAAGCGCUUAGCAAAGAGAGUGCGGCUGGAGCGGGUCGCGACGUGGACGACUACAACUUUGAGGGGGGUGUCAAGGACAAAGAUGUGCAGAUCGAGAGGGUGGAAGGCACUAAAUGA